AUGGCAUCCACUGAUGAAAUUCACGCCCCUGCGGGAGACUUGCGUGCUCUCUUCGACGAGCACCCGCUUCCGAUUCUGUCUCCAGAUACUGUCAAAUUGAUCUCUUUCUCAGAGUCGGCUGAGCUAGAGCAAACAUCUACAGCUAUAGAUGCAUUCAAUGCGGCCUUGGCUGCUAACGAUGUCGAUGCUCUUCAGGCAUGCUUCUUUGCAGAACAAGCUUACUGGAAAGACACGUUGGCUUUGACGUGGCACCUCCGUACCUUUAGAGAGCAUCUACGAAUUGCUAAGAGCCUUAUUGAGACGAAACAGGCUAGGCGAUGUGAUAGCGAGUGGAUCAUAGAAGGAGCGGUAUUUGUCCCAGCGACACCUACCAUUCAAUUCCUGGACGUGUCACUAUGCUUCAGGACCUCUUCCCCAGCGGCUGCCUGCAGCGCAAGAGCUCUCCUCCUUCCUACCCGGAACACGACAAGCGGAUUGGACUGGAAAAUCUGGAUUCUGAGCACAGAUUUAACGCAUCUGGACAUCCAACCAGAACACCAAGACCUUCUACGGUUUCCCGGCCGGCGUCUAGGUAGAACAGAAGAUAUCGAGACAGACGUCUUGAUCAUAGGUGCUGGAAAUAGCGGUGCGGCCCUCGCAGCUCGUCUCAAGGCUCUCGGUGUCAACAGUGUCAUGGUCGAGAGACACGCAGAUGUUGGAGAUAACUGGGCUUUGCGGUACGAUUGCAUGAAGUUUCAUAUUCCAACACCAGCUUGUGAUAUGCCGUACAUGGGCUAUCAGGACCGGUUUCGUGGGGAACAUCUUCUCAGCAAAGACGAGCUGGCCGAUCAUUUACGAAAAUAUGUCGACGCCUUUCACUUGAACGUCAUUACUUCUGUCAAGAUCGUCUCGACAGUUUAUGAUAAGUCGACCAAGAGAUGGAUUGUAAAGAUGAACACACCUGCUGCUAAAUUCACAGUGACCGCAAAGCAUCUGGUUCAAGCAACUGGCAUCGGAUCGCAAAAGCCUUAUGUACCUGCCGUGCCCGAUAAGCAUUUGUUCAGGGGCUUGAGCAUCCACUCUUCCGAGUAUAAAAACGGACAAACUUUGGUAGAUCAAGGGGUCAAGUCGGUACUCAUCAUGGGUUCAGCAAACACGGCCUUCGACAUUCUCGGAGAUUGCCAAGCAGCCGGCAUCCAAGCCACCAUGAACGUCCGAUCUCCGACCUACAUCGUUCCUGUGGAAUACAUCCGAAAUAAAUGGAACCUAGGGACCUAUGACUUUGGCGUCGAAGUAGCAGAUAGGAUGUUUCUCACGCUGCCGGCCGUCGAGCCAGACCGCUAUGAGACUCUCAGGAAAGCAGGAUUUCCAGCUCUCGAUAGUGCGGAUCCGAGUCAGGCCUUGUGGUCGAAUUUAAUUGAGAGAGCAGGCGGACACUACAUUGAUAUUGGUGGCACUGAGAUCCUCACGCAAGGCAAAGCUGGCAUUAAAGCAGGCGUUGAGCCUACUGCCUUUACAGAGACUGGUCUGCUGUUCUCAGAUGGGAGUACAGCUGCUGCCGACGCCGUAAUCUGGUGUACCGGUUUCGCAGACCGCGACGUUCGAGAUACAACCGUUGACAUCCUGGGAGGAGAUCAGGCCCUCGACAGCGACAACCUUCUAGGUCCUCGUGAGAUUGCUGACCGCCUUGGCGCAACAUGGGGCGUGGACUCGGAAGGCGAGAUCCGGGGCAUGUGGAAACGCCAUUUACAUGUUGAGAAUUAUUGGGUCAUGGGAGGUUUCACGGUGCAGCACAGGUGGUAUUCGCGGGUUUUGGCGUUGCAAAUCAAGGCGGCGCUUGAAAAUAUCUUGCCUCCUGCUUACUUGAGGUCGGAAUAA